AUGCUGUCCCGGCUCCAGCAACAACAAGCCGUGACAUGGACAGCAUCAGCAUCCGCACCAGCGCGCCAGUUCUCUCUGAUUCGCAGCCAAUUCCGAUCCUACAGCGACAAGGGCUCUAACCCCUCCACUGCCGCUCCUUCAUCUCCUCCUAAUCCCCGCCAACCUUCCGUCGGCGAUGUCACCACCCCAUCCGCUAUCUCAUCUGCCACCCCCGGUGUUUCUCAGCCCUUCAGCACCCCAGGCGAGGUCCACACCGAUGCACACCCUGGAGCUCCUUCUAAGCCCGUUGUUGAGCGUGCGCCCAGUAGCUGUCCUGCGGGUACUAAGUUGAAUGGCCUGAACUACUUCAAGAACAAGCCUGAUGUCUUUGCCAAGGAGGAUUCGGAGUAUCCUGAAUGGCUGUGGGAUCUUCUGGGCGACUCAAGCAAGGCAUCUAAGUCUGAGAAGGGUGGUGUUGAUGUUAGCUCCCUGAACAAGAAGCAACGGAAACGUUACGAGAAGAAGCUCGCCGCUCGCACUGCUGUCCUCCCACCUAAGAUCCCUGCCCACCACCAAUCAUACGAUAUCACACCAGCUUCAUACAACCGCGAUGCCCUCCCCGAGAACUCAGUCGCCGAUGCUGCUGAGGGCGCCGAGAUCCGCUCAGAGGUGAUCAAAAGUUCCCGUGAAGCCCGACGAAAGGCCAUCAAGGAAUCCAACUUCCUGCGCGGCCUGUAA